AUGACGUCAUACCAAUAUUCAGCUCUUUCUCCUGGUUCCAUCAGAGUGCUGGCCGUCUCAGGCACCAAAGACGCGCCGUCGUAUAAGAUAGAAGUAUUGAAUCUCACAGACAAACCGCGGUUCGAGGCCUUGUCCUACACGUGGAACGAUUACGACAACGAGGAACCUAGAGCCAUUGACGGAAAUGCUAACACUUAUGCGUCCAUUCCUAUAGCCGGUGCUGGGUCUCUCAAGAUCACGCUGCACCUCGUGCAUAUUCUAAACCAUAUUCACGGAUUAUUGGUACAACCUGGUUCGAGCGGAAGAAUUUGGAUAGAUCAGAUUGCUGUGAAUCAACGCGAUUUGGAUGAGCGGAGUCACCAGGUUGCCCUUAUGCAGCAAAUCUACGGACAGGCGGAGCGCACACUGAUGUGGAUUGGGAAA